UGCGCAUGCGCCGGGAUUGUGACGUGUCGAGAAAGUGUCAAACAGAAAGGAUGUUACAAAAAAAAGACCGAAAACUCCGGAGACAAACUUACUCAGAUAUUUAACACUCUCCCCGCGGCGGCACUUUGGAUAACCCGUAGACACUAGACUUCACAGACUGACUGCAGCUCUUUGGUGGAGUUGAGUUAACUCGGUUUAAGUCACUUUUAAACCAUUGACCGUUGAGCUAACUUAGUUAGCGACAGUUGGGCUAACCGUAACGGUAGCAUGGGGAGCCGGCUCGGCUAACUGAACAUGUAACUGAAGCGGGGCUGCUGUGUACGCGUUAGCUGGCCCUUCACUGUUUGUCCUUCGUCUUAUUUACUUAUUUACUCAGCCGGGACUGAGAGAGGAGGAGGAGGAGGAGGAGGAGGAAGAUGUCUCGGAGGCGGCUGGACAGUCGGAGCGGGCUCUCCGCGGGGCUGCUCGGGGAAAUCCAGACCCCGGUCAGCACGGAGCCGAUGGAGAGUGUGUAUGAGAUCACCGGAGAGCUCGGGAGGGGAAAGUUUGCUGUGGUCAAGCACUGUGUGGAGAAGGCCACGGGUAAAGUGUUUGCUGCCAAGUUCCUACGGAAGAGGAGGCGAGGUCGUGACUGCCGGGCAGAGAUCAUCCAUGAGAUGGCCGUCCUAGAGAUGGCCCGUAACAACGCCCGAGUGGUCAACCUGCACGCUGCUCACGAAACAGAUCACGACAUCGUCUUAGUGCUGGAAUAUGCGGCAGGUGGAGAGAUAUUUGACCACUGCGUGUCUGAGGAGCUGCUGCCAGAGGCCCAGAUCACUCGUCUGAUCUGGCAAACACUGGAGGGAGUCCACCACCUCCACCAGAGCAACCUGGUGCACUUAGACCUGAAGCCGCAGAAUAUUCUCCUGACCAGCCUGUCUCCUCCAGGAGACAUAAAGAUUGUAGACUUUGGCCUGGCACGCAGACUGGGUGCGGUUGGAGAGCUCAGAGAGAUUCUUGGCACACCUGAAUACGUGGCUCCAGAAAUCCUGAAUUAUGAGCCAAUCACAACAGCGACUGACCUGUGGAGUGUGGGUGUUAUUGCCUACAUGCUUGUGACGGGUGAGUCUCCGUUCGCCGGAGACAACAAGCAGGAGACGUUUCUGAACGUGUCCCAGGUCAGCGUGGACUACAGCAGAGAGGCCUUCUCCAGGGUGUCUGAGCUGGCUGUGGACUUCAUCCGCAAACUGCUGGUCAAAGCGCCAGAGGACCGGCCCAGCGCUGCAGAGUGUAUGUGCCACCCCUGGCUGUGGCCACAACAGAUCUGUCUGAGCCCCGAUUCAGCUACGAUCCGCAUCGUCCGCGAAAGGAGCUGUGGCAACAAGUGGCCCCACCGUGAAGGCAAGGAGAACCGGGACUCACCCCACUAUCAUGCAAAACGGCCUCGCUUCGACGGGGAAGUGGCGGCUGCUGGAGACGGUGACUUUUGAAACUGAAAUGGGGGGAAAAGGGGAGGAGAGGGGAGAAGUGUAAGGCAGCGAUGCCCACUCCUUCCUCUGAGCUUUUAAAUUCUUUUAAGCCUACAGAAACCAGCUGUCUGCCGCCCACCUUUUCAAAAGUACUUAGGUUGUGUUUAUAUUCCACUAAUUAGUAAAAUCUCAACAUCGACCACUCAGACCAAAGAUAACCAGCUAAAAUUUGAGAUCUAUCGCGGUUAAAAAGUGUGAAAAUUGUACAGUAUAUCUCAAUUAAUGCAGUGUGUUUAACCUAAAGUAUUUAAUACGUUUCUAUGUAAAAAUUUCUGGUGUUUUCAAAGGGCUGCUCACAGCCCACGCUGUGUCGAGUGUCCUAAUGAAGGCUAGUGUGGAGUAUUUCUAGGGAAAUCUAUGCAACACCUCUCUUACACAUUGUAAUUUUCUCAGAAAACCUUAAAUGAGUCGGUAGUGCUCUGCCUUAAAGUCUGACGUUAAGUGUUCUUAGUCACGAGAUCCAGUUACUGUUCAGUUGCACUUGUGCUUCAGCAGAAAUGUGAUAUGCAGAUAAGCACCUCUGCAAUGAGGAAGUGUGAUAGCUUAUUUGCGUGUUAAGGAGAAUUUAGAGCUGCGCUCCAUCACUGUUUUUAAUUGUUUAUGAGACGCUGCUGUCUGUGUCAGCUCUAUCUGCAUCAUGCUGUAUUUCAUGCCCAAGCUGCACUUUGACUCUUAACGACAAGCACCAGCAGAUGGGCCGAGUUACACACAAGCACAUUACAUUCCUUAUAUGUUUGCAUUCCCCUCAAAGUCAGUCAUUGUCUCCACGUCUGCAGUAGCACAAGUGUUUAAAUUUAGCUCAGGGUUUUAGAUGAAACUCAUUUUAAUAUCGUAGUGUAGUCUCCUUCAACAGAGCUGAUUCCACAUUUUGUGGCAGUGUUUACACAGACACGCAAGUAAAUAGACACCUUUAAUUUGAAUUUGAAUGAAGGUGUCUAUUUACUUCUUGCGUGUCUGUGUAUAUUCAGGAUAUUACAACAUUAAACCACUUCCACAGGAAGGCUUAAACUGAUCAACAAAUCAUGGCAUAUUCGUUGAAACUUACAGUAAUGGCUCAAAAAUUCUGUGACUCAUGCAGCCGUUCACACGCCACACCCGGCACUUACUCAAAGGAUGUCCUCACCGAGCUGCAAGUUCCUCUUUGUCAGCCGCCAGAUGAGAAACACAACUUUAGCACUUAACUUGGUAAACACAAAAGUAGAACUGAUAAACAAAAACCGGAGGUAUUAUGACAGUCUGUAUGUUUGAGAGGUCUUUCAGCCCCUCACCAAAGCCAUUCAGUGUGCUUUCAUUCAAAGCUACUCUUGGGUCAGGGUGUCUGAAGUGAUUAUAUUCCUGUUGUUUUCAUCUCAGGGCAUGCUGCUCACUCUCUGCUCACUUUGUUUGUGUAUUCUUAAUGUUAUUCUUAUAGGCCUACUAUUAUUAUUAUUUAUGUGCUGGACUUAUACUUUAUAUUUUUUAUGUAAAUAAUGUGUUCACGUGUCUUAUAAGGAGGUAUCUGGUGGGAGAGCGGUGAUUUAGAGGAUGAUUACGGUGUUAUUUAAAACUAGAAGAUGCUGUUUGUGGUUACAGUGUAACAAGUAAUAAAGUAAUAAAUGGAAAUGACUACAGCAAAUCGGGAAGAUGAAAGCGAGGAUUAGAUUUUAAGGUGGUACUGGGAAGUGAGUAAACACGGAGAUGAGUCAGAUGGUUUUAGUCAGAAAGAAGAUGAUGAGUUGUAAAUGUGUCAGCCUUGAAAGAAAGGGAUAUUCUUUGAAUAGUGAUGUUGGGUGUUAAGAUAUGUAGGCAUGAAAGGCUUUUUUUUUUUUAGGUGAUGAGAAAGUGGGAACGAUGGUUUAAGUUUUUAGAAAGAGAUGUUUGUCCCGAGAAGCUGGUUGUUCAAAUGUGAAACACGAGGUGCUAUCGAUUCACAGGAUUUGCCAUCUUUUGUUCGAGUUGGACUCGAAUGAAAAACACCUCACCUCCUAAAGUGCAGAUUCUGAUUGCUCCUAACCUCCAGAAACAACAUUCCUCUUUUUGUUCCGAGGUGCCAAUCCGAAUAAGACCACAUUGUGUUUUUGUUUGUUGUUGUCACCAGCUGGUACAAUGGCCUUUGUGUUGGGGGAGCUGGGUGUCUCCAGCCACGGCCGUGCUCUCAUGCUGUCAUCCUUUUUUUUAAAACUGGAAACACGCCACACUGUAAAAAGAGUUUCAUCUCAACUAGUUAGCUCGAGUUUGCUGUAAGAAUUUGCUGGGAAGUAUAUCUGUUUUGAUAUAUAAUGAAAUAAGCUUGAAUCUUACUUCAUCUCAAUUUUUAAAGUCGGUCUACUUUUUGUUUUUUUCUAAUACCUCUUCAAACCGGUCCAGGCUGAAAUUAUGCGACUUGACACAGGAAGUUUCUAAAGCGCAGUUGUAGACACAAGUGAAGCUUUUCUCUUUUCCUGUUGCAGCAGCAGCAUCUGUAAAAACAAGAUUUUUUUAAGACUUGACAAGUAGCUUAACCUCGACAGAGAGAGAGAUGAUGAACUUGUUUUGCAGUGAUGUCAGGGAUCUCACUUUGCAGGAUGACGAAACGCUCCAACGCACCGGAUAAAGUGUCUCAUGUUUGCUGGCAUUGUCUGUUUGUCACUUGAACGUGACUUAUACUGUGGUGUUGAUUUUGUUAUUUUGUACAGCUAUUGUACUGCUAUUUUCAGCAGCUAGUCACUCGGUGGCCUGUAUGUGUGUGUGUGUGUGCUCCCAUUGUCUUGAGCGGGGAGGCGCUUCGCUGGCAUUCAGGCCGUCGUCCUCAAGAAGUGGAGCACCGGUGACAUCAGGCGACUGAGAUCACCCAACAUUCCUGUUUGUUCUGAGACUGGAGGAUACCGAGCCUCAAACCAGCCACAAGCACAAGCAAAUAAAUGUUCAAGAGAUGUAUGUUUAUUUUGCAUUUUAUAUUUGUUUUUUUUUAAUGUAUGAGCAUUCUGAUUGCAUCUGAAAUGACUAAAAAAAAACAAACAAAACAAAAAAAACAUAAUCCGUGUUGUAUUCUGAUCAACUGCACGCUAAUAUGUAAGCAUCACAAAGCAAACUGAAAAAGCUCAUUAAAGGUCGUAGAAAAUA